AUGGGUGUCCUUAUCAAUCUCCGAGGUCGAAGCCUCUACUGGCUGAUGAAGUUCAUCUGCGGGACUUCCUUCAUGAUGUAUGGGUACGAUGCUGGCGUGCUCGGUGGUGUCGUUUUACACAAGCCAUUCCUGGAUGCGAUUGGCAAUCCGACUGGAGAAUGGGUCAUACCGUGGAUCUCCAGCUCCUACUCGUUGUCGGCAUGUAUCACCUGUUUGAUCGUGGCCACCUUUGCCUUCAAGAUUGGCCGGCGAGGGACUAUUCUUUUGGGCAACGCUGCCGCCGUUGUCGGCUCAAUCAUCCAAGCGACGGCCAACUCUGUGGCACAACUCACUGUUGGUCGGAUCAUCACUGGCUUUGCUAUCGGCUGCAUCUCCAGCGCUGUGCCCACCUACUUGGCGGAGACGGGUGUCGAAAUCGGGGACCGUGGCCCAGCCAAUGCAUUCAAUGCCAUAAUGCUUAUUAGCGGUGUCCCGCUGGCGUACUGGAUAGAUUACGGGUGCAUCAAGUCCGACGGCCAAUGGAGCUGGAGAGUGCCCAUUGCUUUUCAAUGUAUUUUUGCUCUGAUUGCAGGCAUCUGCAUGCUCUUCCUCCCGGACACACCGCGAUACUACUAUGCGAAAAACCGACACGCCGAAGGCGACGAUGCCCUAGAACGCCUAAAUGACGCACCCAUCGACUCGGAACAAGUCCAGAGGAUCAAGCGCGAGAUUCUCGUUGCCAUUGAAGCAGAAGAGGAGGCAAAGUCUAGUUUACACUGGAAGGCAUUCACCACUAGUGGCAUCAUCGACCGCACGCCCAUGAAGAUCAUCCGACGGCUCUGCAUCUGCUUUUGGCUUCCCAUGAUCAGAGAGUGGAUGGGCUCUUCAUUGCUCGCCUAUUGGAGCUCCGUCAUCCUCAGCCGAGUCGGUGCAGCCCCUUCCCUGGUCAGCCUGCUCGCAGGGAUCCUCAAUAUCUGCUUUGCCCUAGGCUGCGUCCCGCUCUACUUCACCAUCGAGAAAGUCGGACGUCGAUCGGUCCUUCUCUACGGAGCCUGUGUCAUGUCCGUGUUGAUGCUCAUCUUCACCGUCCUCCAAGCCGUGCCGGCGACGCAUUCCGUUCAGUGGGCAGGGAUCGGCAUCAUCUUCGCCUUCCUGUUUGUGUUUGGGUAUGCCUGGCAGGGCUGCGUGUGGCUGUACUGCUCCGAGAUCGCGCCGCUCGAGUACCGACACAUUGGCGGCGCGUUCACGGGCUUUGGCGAGUGGCUGAUGACCUUCAUCACCGUCUUCGCGGGUCCCAUCGGCCUGACCAACGUGGGCUGGAAGUUCUGGCUGUGGGUCCUCAGCGGCAACCUCGUGGCCGUCGUCUUCGUCUUCUUCCUGUGCCCCGAGACCGGCGGCAAGACCCUCGAGCAGGUCGACUUCCUCUUCUCCAAGAGCGCCUUUGUCGCCGGCAUGAAGAAGGCCGAGCGUGGUCUGGACGACGAUGACGAGGAAGCCGCCAACGACCGCUGGAUCGAGCUUCAGGGGAAAACUGCCGAGCAGCGUAUCGAGGUCAAGGGCUAG